CAAUAAGUAAUUAUUGAUGAAUGGAUGUAUGCAGUGGUUGGAGAGUCCAGAGGAGGAGGAAUGAUGGGGUGAGGGAGGCUCCCAAAUUCUGCCUGUUACAUCCAGGUUUUUGGGUUGGUUUGUUUUAGCAACAAGUCAUUUAAAUUGUUGGGACUUUAAAUCAGUCCUUUCGGGACCUGCGGUGUUUGUUGAGCAGGAAGGGGCAGCAGCAGUUAAAGCUCCAGUUGCUGGUGCAGCCAUCAGUCACGAGGAGGCCGCUCGGCCUGGAACAAGGCGUCCCGUCCUCAGAUUAAACGCUGCUCCAACAGGAUUAGGGCGGGAAGCGGCGCAGCUGCGGCGCUGGCCCAGGCUGCCGGGAACCGUCCACUGAGCGAUGCCGCCAUCUAGCGGCGGCGCGGGGGACGGCACUGGGCAGAGCCGUUCCACUGGGUGCAGAAGAGCCUCAGAACCGCAGUCUUUCUUUAGAAAGUGCGGGCAUUCGGGGCUGGGAAAAUUGAGCCGAGUCAUCCCAUUUGGCUACCGUCCCAGAGCCGCAGUCCCCGGACCCGCGCACGCCAACACCUCUGCACGUGACGGCCGCAGCUCCAUGGACCAAACACAGAGAAGAAUCCUGGGCCAGCCCCUUUCUAUGCCCACCGCAUUGCCCAAGAAGAAAGGGACUCCAAUGAUGUCUUUCUUUUCCAAGGUCUCUUGGAAACUGAGGUUCCAGAAGAGGGAGCAUUUGAAGAAUGUGCUUUACAUCUUGGCAGAAAGAGCCCGGGACCCCAGUGCUAAAAAGCGUCACAUGGCAGUGAGAGGCCUGGGAACCAUGGCCUGUGAAAACCCCGACAAGGUGAGAAAGUAUAAGAAAGUUGUCCUAGACCUGCUGGUGCAUGGAUUGUAUGAUCCCAUGAGUUCGGAAGUCAUCCACGAGAGUCUGAAGACUCUGACCAUCAUCCUGGGCAAGAUCCAAGGGAAAGGUUUGGGCUCCUUCUUCAUAGACAUCACUCUUCAGACCAGGACUCUACUAGAUGAUGAGAAUGACAGCCUGAGAUACUCGGCCUUUGUCUUGUUUGGGCAAUUGCCUGCCUUUGCUGGGCGGAAAUGGAAGAAAUUUUUCACCAAUCAAGUUAAGCAGACUCAAGAUUCCCUCCUGAUCCAUUUACAGGACAGAAAUCCCCAGGUUGCCAAGGCUUGCAAAACCACAUUCCGAGCCUGUUCUCCCUACCUGAGGCAAAGGAAGGAGCGCAGCUUCCAGAGUGAGGACGAUCAAAGGAACCCCAAGCUCUGUAGGCAGCUGAGCCUCUACCAUCCCGAGCUCCUGCAGUACUUCUACGCAAAUAAGAUUCUGUAAACGCAGAGCCGCGGGGAAAUGCUUCCACGUGAGCAGAUUGCAGGAGGGCUGAUCUCUCCCUCUCCUAGCUCUUCAGAUGCUUCUGCCGGCCUCUUGCAAUUGCGAUAGAAAAGGGGGUGUUGGGAGAGCAGCUGAUGGCAAAGAGAAUACUGUGGUGUUGUAUGAUGAUGUCCAAAGCAAAGCUGAAGGCUUUCCCAUGUCCGUUUCUCCCCAUGCAAAUUUGAUGAGAAAGUCCAUACUUUCUUUAAUGCAUUUAAAGUUUAUGUUGAUUCAGUGCUUAUUUCUCAGCUUUUUCCUUAAGUUCAAUGCUAUCACAUCAUCUUUUUUUCUUCUUUUU